CSCCGCGGUUGAAUCCUUGCCCGGGAUCCUUAAAUCCUCGUUCGGGGUCUCGCUCUGGUGCUGGGGGUCGGCGUGUCCCGGGCGGCUGUGCCGGUGCAGCGCCCCGCGGUGCGUUGGGCUCGGCAGCCCCUCGGUGCUGCCCCGGGCCGGGCUCUGGGCUCGGCGGGACGGUGGUGUCGCUGAACAUCGCGGCUCUGUGUGCUCUGUGAGGGUGGAGUGGAGCUGAAAGGCCACUGUGGCCAUCUUUACACGGGCAAUACUUCAUCUUUCUGGCAUUAAGGAACUUGGAAAUAAUCCCACAGGUUUGARCAGUCUGGAAGAUGAAGCCCUGGCUGCAGUUGGUGUUCUUCACYUGUGUUUUCCUGAUCUGGCACACAGAAGCAGAGUUCUUCACCUCCAUAGGUCAAAUGACAGACCUGAUUUAUGCGGAGAAGGACUUGGUACAAUCUUUAAAGGAAUAUAUCCGAGCAGAAGAGAACAAGCUCUCUCAGAUUAAAAGCUGGGCUGAAAAAAUGGAGGUACUGACCAGCAAAUCAGCCUCUGAUCCAGAAGGGUAUCUGGCACACCCUGUAAAUGCAUAYAAGCUCGUGAAGCGUUUGAAUACUGACUGGCUGGAAUUGGAAAACCUGGUUCUUCAGGAUACAACAAAUGGUUUUAUUGCAAAUCUCACAAUCCAGCGUCAGUUUUUCCCAACUGAAGAAGAUGAGACUGGAGCAGCAAAGGCUCUGAUGMGGCUGCAGGACACCUAUAAACUGGAUCCUGAAACCCUCUCCCGGGGGAGCUUGCCAGGAACAAAAUAYAGAUCCUCCCUGACAGUUGGUGACUGCUUUGGCAUGGGGAAGACUGCCUACAAUGAUGGGGACUAUUACCACACUGUGCUCUGGAUGGAGCAGGCCUUGAAACAGCACGAUGAGGGGGAGGAUACAACAGUCAGCAAAGUAGAGAUCCUAGAUUAUCUCAGCUAUGCUGUUUUCCAGUUUGGGGAUUUGCACAGAGCCAUGGAGCUCACCAGACGGCUGAUAUCCCUCGACAGCACUCAUGAGAGAGCAGGCAGUAAUCUGAGGUACUUCGAGAAGCUACUGGAGAAGGAAAGAGAGGAGAAGGAGAAAGAAAAGUCARUUAACAAGACUGUGACAACCACAGAAGCCGUGGUGCAAGGUGGAGCCUAUGAGAGGCCUCUUGACUACUUGCCAGAGCGUGAUAUCUAUGAGGCCCUUUGCAGAGGUGAAGGGGUGAAAAUGACACCUCGAAGACAAAAAAGGCUGUUUUGUAGGUACCAUGAUGGAAACAGGAACCCUCACCUGCUCAUAGCUCCCUUUAAGGAAGAAGAUGAAUGGGACAGCCCUCAUAUUGUGCGGUACUAUGAUGUCAUGUCUGAUGAAGAAAUUGAGAAAAUCAAACAACUAGCUAAGCCAAAGCUGGCACGAGCCACAGUACGUGAUCCCAAAACCGGUGUCCUUACAGUGGCCAGCUACAGGGUAUCCAAGAGCUCAUGGUUGGAAGAAGAUGAUGAUCCUGUUGUGGCCAAGGUGAAUCAGCGAAUGCAGCAGAUCACAGGGUUAACAGUGGAAACAGCUGAGCUCUUGCAGGUUGCCAACUAUGGAAUGGGAGGGCAGUAUGAGCCACACUUCGAUUUUUCKAGGCGACCCUUUGACAGCACACUCAAAUCGGAAGGAAAUAGGCUAGCGACGUUUCUUAACUAUAAAGAUGAGCCAGAUGCUUUCAAGCGGUUAGGGACUGGAAAUCGUGUGGCCACUUUUUUAAACUAUAUGAGCGAUGUGGAAGCUGGAGGAGCUACAGUUUUCCCAGAUUUUGGKGCAGCAAUAUGGCCCAAGAAGGGAACAGCAGUGUUUUGGUACAACCUCUUCCGAAGUGGUGAGGGGGAUUAUAGAACAAGACAUGCAGCUUGUCCAGUACUAGUAGGGUGUAAAUGGGUUUCAAACAAAUGGUUUCACGAAAGAGGAAAUGAAUUCUUAAGACCUUGUGGGAGAACAGAAGUUGACUGAAUUCCAGCCUGCUGCAGAUCUUUGUUUCUGUCUCCUUUUCUACUGUUGUUUGUUCCAGUUCAUUUCUAAGAAAUGAUCCAUCUUUUUCUCCAAGAGUCCUGGCACUUUACAACAAAAGAGUAAUAAAAUAUGUAACACCUGUGAAAGAAAGUAAAUGGCAUUGUACACAUCCUUGUGUUUUGGUUGCUGUUAUUUCCAUGUUCCCCUGCCUUCCUCCCUCCAGUCUUCCUCUGUAGUAGUGGUGCAAACAGUGCUGUGGGCAAUUCCAUUUGUUUGGGUGCUUGGUCUUGUGCCUUUUGUACCUCAGAAGAUUUAGAUGUUAAAUAUUUCUUUGAACCAAAGUUGUUUUUUUAAAAAAAAAAGUUUUGUGUACAUGUUGAUUUUAUUGUAUUUCUAUGGAUCACAAGUUUUAAAGCAAGAAUAAAUGUUUUUUCCAUAAAGUGA